CAUCGUAUUCCGCUUCGGAAGGAGUGGAAGCCCUACGGCGCAAUGGCAAAUUUUAGUAAAUUUUUUAAUGAACAUUUAUCAACACUUAAUUGUCGAGAUUUUCAUGAAGGUAUCUCAUGCAAGAGGCAUAUAAUAAAUAGUUGCCUUUAUUGUCCUUUGUCAGUAAUGAAAAUGUUCACACCGAUCUAUCUGUUAGCGAUUAUAAGGAAAAACCGUAAUUUGACAAAAGAAGACUUGAAAGAAAUUCUGUUAAACUACAGGAGUUGUAUAAUGAGCGCUUCAAUAACAGGCAUUACCUGUAAUUACGUUUCAUGUUUGCAUCGGCUUUUCCUCCGAAAACACUCUAUGUAUACACUCAUCUUUAUACCUGCUUGGUACUCCGCUCAUUUUAUGUUCCUGUCCACGAAGGCUGUUCUUGAAUUGUCCACUACUGCUGUUUAUCAACACUUCUUGGACACAUUACUGAGACGUAAUAAUGUCGUAAGCAAAACAAUAUAUGGAUCUAAAGCUAUUCAGACGGCGAUAUUUAUGUUAUGCAGCGCUCUAAUUUUGCAUGGCAAACGCGCGUUUAAUAUGAAAGGCUUUUGGCUGACUAAACCGAAUCGUUCAACAAUAAGUGAAAAAUGUGAAGACUUCGAACAUCGUUGCAACAUGCAUCCAAAUUUAAGUUGUGGCAAUUUUGUAUUGGAAGGAGUGUGUAAAAAUUUUCUGAUGGGCUUAGUUAUUGAUUGCCUAAAUGCUCUAAAACGGAUAUCAAAACGACCACUUUCAACUAAAACAUGGACCAAGAAGAGGAAUUUACGACUGUAUUGGGGACCGUUGUUUUCUCUAUACGUCGGUUUGUACAGGUUAACAUAUUGCCUGUUAAAUCGCUUUCACGUAGCUUCUGAUGAACUCAAUCACAUCUUAGCUGCCUGCUGCGCGGGUCUAAGUCAUUUUUUCUAUCCCGAAAUGGCUCUGUUCAAUCUUGCUGCAGUUCAUGCUUUUCUAACGUUGUGGCGUAUGUUCCAAAUAUACGGGGCAGGAACUGAAAAUAAAAUUUCAAAAGCGCUAUUGAAUUUCCCCUAUACCUAUGUUUUAUAUCCUUUGAUCCAAGCGCACUGUAUACAUAUAUAUAUAACGCGACCGCAGCUUUGUGGUCCAUUACAAGUUGCCGUGAAUAAUAGCUUUACAAAUAAUUACUCUACAGCCAUAAUGAAGAAAGUUCAAGAAGCUAUCAAACGUGGCAAAGGACUUCAAUAGAUUUCAAUACUUUAAUGGUAAAUUCUUUUGUUUUUUAGAUUAUAAGAGAAAAAUAUUUAAAGAAAAAAUGUAAACGGAAAUAAAUAGAAAAUGAAAUAUGAAUGAUGCGAUAUCAGAUAGGAAGCAUAAAUGCGUUGGAUUGAUUGAUUAGCUAACAGCACUAGAAGAAAGAAACAAAUGUUUACCGCAGUUAGGCGGGCGGACAGACGCACAUAUUUAGAUGCAUUCCGAGAUUGAAAAUGGCUAAGAAUAUUUAUAUUUUAUUAGGUUUUUGAAGCUUUAUGUCAUUGCUCUCAUAACAUAAUGAAAAGUCGGCCUUUUUCAACUUAUGAAAUCUUGCUUAA